AUGGAAAAGUUCUAUCGAGGGCUGGAUCCAGUGACGAAAUCAAUUGCAAAUAAUGCAACUGAUGGUUGUUUUAUGAAUAAAUCUUACCGAAGAGUGACCAACAUACUUGACAGGCUGACUACGCACAAUCAGGCUUUGCACUUAAGCAAUGCUGAUAUUGUGCCUUAUGGUAGUGUCAUGAUCCAGAAUAUGGUAAAAGAGAAUCAAGAUACCCAGCAAACAUUGGCUGAGCUUGCAACGAAUAUUUCCUUGCUAACCAAGAAGUUUGAUGAGAACCAGAUUAAGAAGGUUGAAGAUGCUAACUAUGUGAACAAUUCUCAAGGGGGCUAUCAAAGACAAAACUACCAAGGUGGUUACAAGAAUCAUAAUCAAUGGAGACCUCAACAGGGUCAGGGUGCCUACAACAACAAUAACUCAGGGAACUAUAAUAAUAAUUAUGGUGGUACGAACCAAGGGAUCUACAACAACAACAACAAUUUUGGGAACAAGAUUUCCAAUCCUUAUAUACCACCAAAAGGGCAAUCAACAGAGCAAGGUAGUUCGAGGGUUGAAGCAAUGCUUGAGAAGGUUCUGGCAAAUCAAUCAAAGUCUGAGAGGACAUUAUCUGGGCUAACGGAGAUAGUGGGUUCCCAUACAAUAACUAUUCAGAAGCUCGAGUCACAGAUGCGUGAUAUUUCUAGAGAGCAGCACCCUCCUAAAAAGGAGGACUUCCUAGUGACAUUGUUCCAAAUUCGAUGA